GUUUGGCUCAUUGCUUCGCGGCUAAACAGGCAGUCACAAUCCUGUUUGUCUUAGCUUUUCAAAUUAGAACUUCUACUUUUUUGACUUUAAUUAAAUGAAAGCUCGUCUCACCGGAUUCAUCCUUGUCAGGUACAUUGACGGCACCAACACCAAAGGGUAUCUAGUGGCAGAUCGCUUCACGUUCCCCUCCAAUCACGGCAGCCAUUCGGAGGUAGUCGACGACGUGGUCUUCGGUUGCUCCAAAGAGAGCAGCCCAAACAUGUACCCCUAUGAAACGGCAGUUAGUGGGAUCAUCGGCAUGGGCACCGACGCACGGUCCUUCCUGAUGCAGCUCGGAGACCGAGCGAAGGGCCGCUUCUCGUACUGCCUAGUCCCUCCCGAACACACCGCCCAGAGCCACCUUCGAUUCGGCACCGACGCCGAACAUGUGCAUCAUGCGCAUACCACGCCUCUGCUAUUGCAUCACGACAUCGAUGGUUUUCUUCUCGACCUUAAGGAUCUCAGCGUCAACGGUCAUCGGCUUCAUCUGCCAUCAGAUACUUUCAAGAUACACCCAGACGGAACAGGCGGUUGCGUCUUAGACACGGGCGCGUGGAUCAGUUUCAUGGUCGAAAACGCGCUCAACGCUUUGGUUCACUCCUUGGAGCAGCAUUUUCAAAGGCAUCACCUUAGAAGGGUUGAGGAUCCGCAUCAUGAACAUUUCAAACUGUGCUACAAAAAGCCGAGCGGGUUCUCGUCGUACCCAGCCGUCGCGUUCCACUUCCAACGGGCUGUUUUCCAGCCGAAGCCCAAGAGCUUAUUCUACGUCGACGAGGAGUCGGAUACGCUCUGCUUGGCAAUAAAGGAAGCGCAGUGUACGAUCAUCGGGUCUGUUCCGCAGCAAAACCACCGGAUGGUGUUCGAUGUUCGAAAGCGCCAGCUAACAUUUGCCGAAGAGAAUUGUGCUGGGAAUUGAGUAAAUAAAUAUCUGCAAGGUUAAACAAAAAAAGCGAAAGGCUCUCUCUCGAAUUUCUAUUAGAAAACUAUUUGUAAAAUAAUUAAUAACAUGCUAGUGAAUAUAAUUGCCUCGCAUCUACUAAGGACUCGUCUAGAUGAGGGAAAUUAGCCUUGAACAUCACAUCUGAGCACCAAGAGACAAAGAACACAAAUAAAAGAGACACAAAAGCCAAAAAAAAAAAUUCCAAACCACU